AUGAACUCCGGGAAACGCGGCGGCCCCGGCGGCAACCAGCGGCCCCAGCAGCCGCAGCGCCGCUCGAUGUCCUACCUCACACGCCGCCGCGAGCGUGUCGGGAUCCAAACACAACGGGUGGCACCCGGCAGUGUGGUCCGGGUAAAGCGGCAACAGGUAGGCGCCCAUCGUACGCCGGAAUUCGUGGGGGCAGCAGCGCAGCGCCGAAACCAGCCGUUCGUCCAGCAUGGCAGGAGAGUGCGAUUCCGCGGCACCGGCGGCACGCCAGGCGUCUCGCAUGUACGGCGCGUUGAGGACCGUAUUCUUAGCCAAGACCUUAAAACCCGGAAAGUAAUUGAUGUUGAUGAUGAGGUGAUUGUUUGGUUGGGGGAAAUGGGCGGGACAGGACAGGGCAGGACAGGAUCGGGGGGGGGGGGUCAUGCAGACACAAAGGUAAAAAAAGCUGUCAGCCAGGAACAGAAGCUCACCAAGCUCUAG